AUGAUUCCGCCUUCGACGCCGCCACGAAAAACUGUGGCCAUGCAGCCUGUGACGCCUUCUUCGUCGAGGUGCCACAAAAAACAUUCCCGAUCUCGCCCUGCCACGUCUCCCUUCCUCACGCCUCGAAGUUCUAGAAAGCACGCUGCAGACGUGAUCAUUCCGUCUCCCAAGAACCCGCUUGUAAACUUUCUACCCACGCCGCUGACGGUUGGGCGUGGACGGAAAAACUUGAACUUUGGCGUGGCGAUACCGCCCUCGUCGAAAUCGAGAAACCUCACGGCUGCUCUUGAGGCACUCAGUGAGCCAAAGGAGGCUCUUCCUGUUGAGCAACCAGCAACCUCACCUCCAAGGCCUUCGACUCCUGAGCAGCAGAUCGUGCACGAGGCGUCAACACCUUGCAGCUCGGGCUUGGGUAUUUUACAUUCUGACGACAGCAGCAUUCAAGUUGUGGAUGUGGGCUUUCUCAAACGCAUACCUCGUAAGAAACUUCCGAACCCAUUUCUAGAGCUGGACUCGUCAAGGCCCACAAGUGUAAGGAGUGAUGUCGAUUUAGCCACUCAGAUGGAGCUUGUCAAUCACAGAACGGGAGAGAGAAAGGUGCGUACGUUGCUGGAGGAGCAACGGAAAUUCAAGCCUCGCAAGCUAGAUUUCACGCUGGCAGUGAAACAACCGGUGAAGGUGAACUAUAAUGUGACUAAUAAGUUUGUUACUAAGAACAUGGGAAAGGCGUUUACUUUGGAGGACACUAACAAGCUGGGCUUCAGUAUUUUCAGUGAUGGCGACUCAUCUAGUUAG